UUACUUCCUUACUCUGAAGAGUACUUGUAGUCGCGAACAGUUUUGACUAAGACAAUGUCAAAAGCAAUGCGUAUUCUAGUGUUAACGGUAUAUUGCCUAAUUGGAGCAGUGCAUGGUCUCUACCAUUCGUGUAAGGAUAUAUAUGCUAAUGACCCGAACAGCGUUAGCGGCACCUACCAGAUAAUGAAUCGGAAGCAGGAGCCGUUCACGGUAUACUGUGAUUUCUAUGCCGACUACGGAUAUACUUAUAUUGCCAAUACCACUUCUGUACAUAUCGAUAUUGAUGAUUUGUAUACCUCCAAGACGCAUGCGAUGGUCCGCCAUCUUAACCUAGCUGGUCGUCAGAAGGAAACAAAAAUGGAACAGAUAUAAAAAUAUAGCUCGCAGUUCCCCCUCUCCUUUCAAUACAACGCAAAUGUUGGAUAUGCCAUGCCGUAUAAUCACCAACAGAUGGCGCCGUACCUGUAUUUGGGUUUUCUUCCAGUGACUGUGGCACAAAAUAGAAACCAACAAGGGUACAGAUCUAACGGUGUGAAUUACUUGUUCACUAACUGCGACAGCAACCCAAAUAGCUACAUGGCAUUUUACUUUAACCAUAAUCAUCAUGUGGCACUCAACUACGCUGGAUGUUGUGACUCGACGUUGAUGCACGACUGGGUUACACAUGGAACAGCUGUCCCAAGUUCUAGGUACCUUCCUCAAGAAUUUUACUUUUUCUUCGAGCUCCACAUGGGUGGAUGUGGAGGAUAUGCCAUACCACCAACGAUCAUACAUGAUGUGCAAGGGGCGGCUUUGGGACUGAGGUUCGACUAUGAUAACCCUUGUGUACCUUCGCCCUGUCAAAAUGGAGGUUCUUGCUACCCGAACGGGGGGAAUCAAUUCAUCUGUGAAUGUUCCGAGGGCUUUACCGGCACAUUGUGUCAGAACAUUGCAUGAGUCCGCCUCCUGGCAGAAUGACCUUAAUUGCCUGAAGAUUUGUCAUCUUUUCCACAGAAUACAUUAUAUACAGUGGAAGUUAG